AUAGUGCGGCGGUGAAAAAGGAACCGGGUUCUAAACAUAGAAACAACUCAAACAAGUAUAAGAGAAAGUUAUUGUGGUCAGAAUUGUUUUUUUUAUGUCAAUUGGUCAGAAUUGUUUGAGCACCUACUUGUUGCAACUUAAAAAAAUCCCAAUUCGCAACAAUAGGGUGACAAAAAAGCCCAACAAUAGGCCCAACGUUUGAUUCUAAAGAAAAUCCGAGUAAGCCCAUCUCAACCUGAUAAUUGUAUCAGUCCAAAAAAAAAAAGUGAAAAUUGUGGAGAACCAGAGAAGCAGUUCGGAGUCGAAGAAGAUAGAGAAUGGCUUCGGUGGCGGUGGCGUCAAUGUUGUUCUCCGGCGGCUGCCGGAGCUUCACCGCGCCUGCUGUUUCGCGCGCACUUCGCAAUUCGCUUACCAAGCACCUCAACAAGCACGCGUUGAGUUGGCGCCAUCGGAGCUCACAUAGUAGUAGUAACGCUGCACUCGCCGGAGAAACUGAAUCCUCCACAACCGACGCCGGAAACUUACCGUCCUCCUCCUCUCCUUAUCACAGCUACCCGAAGUAUGAUCGGUUGCUUCCAUGUCCACUGCACAAAUCUCCACCAAGAAUCGAACACUUGGUUGUAUCAGAAGGAGGACCUGUCUUGGAGUAUAUUUGCAGGUCACUGGAUCUUCAUCCUCUGUUUGUUGAAGAUCUGAUUCAAUUUGGAGCUGUAUACUAUGCUCUUGUUUGCCCUCACCCUCCUCCUAAUGCUACACCAGAGCAACUGAGGAUAUUCAAAGAAGUAACUGAGCCUUCCGUUUUGCGAAAAAGACCUUCCAUUAAGGGCAAAACUUUUCGAGAGGCGCAGAAAACGUUCCGUAUAACUCACGCCAAUCAAUUUGUUGAACCAGGAACUUAUUUGCGAGUGCAUGUGCACCCCAAACGCUUUCCCAGGUGCUAUGAGAUUGACUGGAGAUCAAGGAUCAUCGCUGUGGCGGAAUCGUAUGUGGUUUUGGAUAAACCUGCUGGUACUUCAGUAGGUGGCACUACUGACAACAUUGAAGAAAGUUGUGUAACCUUUGCAACUCGUGCUUUGGGAUUGACAACUCCUUUAUUGACUACCCAUCAGAUUGAUAAUUGCACUGAAGGCUGUGUGGUAUUGGCUAGGACUAAAGAGUAUUGCUCUGUGUUUCAUGGAAAAAUCAGGGAGAAAAAAGUAAAGAAACUCUAUCUUGCUCUUACUGCUUCUCCUUUACCAACUGGAAUCAUUACCCACUAUAUGCGGCCUGUUAACAUGGCUCCUCGACUUAUUUCUGAAGAUUUUAUCAAGGGAUGGCAUCGUUGUCAACUUGAGGUCAUGGAAUGCAGAAAAGUUCCCUGGCCAACUACUGUUAUUCAAGACAAGUAUUGUGUUGAAGACUGUGGGUGGCCUUCUCAAGAUCAUGCAUAUGAGUGUAAAAUAAACCUUCUUACUGGUAAAACUCAUCAGAUUCGUGCUCAGUUUGCUGCCUCUAAGGCACCGUUAAUUGGUGAUUCUAUGUAUAUGCCAGCUGCAAUUGCAGAGAUUUCUAAUCCUGGGCUUAAUCCAUUUGGAAAAUACAAGAAAGAAUUCAGUAGUGAGAGUGAAAAAGAAAUAGCUGUUAUGAAUUGGAUUGCGCAGCAUGGUAAAGAGCCGAGUGUUGUAAUCGGCCUUCAAGCAUGUCAAAUUUCAUGGGAUGACAAUGAACACUUUUACCAAGCUGGGUCCCCUUGGUGGAGGUGUUAAAUCGCUGGAAAUAAUUCAAUGUAUGCUUGCGUUGAGGAUAAGGAUGAACUAUGAAGUUGGUUUUAAUUUUGCCUCAGCUUUGUUGUUUUUAUAUGCAGAUACAGAUUUUCAAAGGAGGAAGCUUUGGUAAUGGAUCUUUAUAUGCUGUUUCUCAUUCUAAAGGAAGGAUGCAAGAUUCCCUUACGGUUGUAGAGGAAGACAGUGAGGCUGUUGCUGGUUUGGAAAGAGGAAACCCAAAUAAAAAGGAAAAAAGAAAGGAGCUUCAUUGGAAGAUCAUGCGCGCUGGUGAAUUUUACCACCAUCUAACUUUUCUAUCAGAAUCAACUCUGAACAGGUAGACUAGAAGGAUAUGUUAUUCCGAGAGUAAGAUGUCUUUUUGAAAAUGGUAUAUUUUACUAGGGGAUGAAGAACUAGGAAAGUCACAAGUAAUUAGAAAUAUAGCUGAUUAGGCUGCGAUAUUAAUGCCUUAUGCUAUUGACAACUUAUAAUUGGACACUGGCUUUUUCUGUUAUCAGUAGCUUUGGCAUUUCGGCAAAGAGGUUUUUUUGUUUAUGCUUGCCAGUCAGUCACUUGUACUAUAAUAGAUUUUGACUAGGUAUUUAUUGCAUUGUGUUUCUUACAGAUUUAGCUUCGAUUUGAUUCUGUUCCUAUUAUCUAGGUCAUUAAUUUUAUUUUUUUUAAUUCCUGUUCCACUAUCUCAACUACAUUAUAUUCUUUCAUUCUAUUUAGAGAACCCAUAUAUGGCAUGA